GAACAAGAAGAAAACAUACUCCAUAUAAUCAUUACAAUAUGCACUAUAGACAAUGUUAUACAUUCAUUUCGAAAAUAAUCUUGAAUCGCAAUCAAAAUGUAUUCCUUUGCCAAACCAUUAAUAAUAAUAAUCGAUUUUGCAGUUCAUUGACUUCUUCUAUACAAGUAAAUCAUUCUUUAUCGACAAUUUCAUCAAAAGAAGAAUUAUUUCCAACAUGGAUUACUAGUAAAUAUUUACCAAAUGAUUGGUUACAAAAAGAAUUUUCCGAUCCAUUUGUAUUAAAUAAUUUCAAAAGUCUGGUUGUAUUAUGUCAAUAUGAAUCAAAACUAGGUCGUUGGCGUACAAUGAAAUCAUUAUGUUCUAAAGAUGAUGUUGAAAUAGUUGAUUCAGAAUCAUUAUUGGAUAGUUUAUUCUUAAAUGUCUAUCAAAAAGAAUUAAAUAUCAACGCUAGAACUGGUAUUCAAAUAAUACACAAUGUAUGUAAAUAUAAGUUCAGUGAACAAAAUGUAUCCUUACAAUAUAACCAACAUUUUGAUCCACUACAUAUUCGUUUAGACAUACUUAAUUGUGAUAUAAUUCUUAGUAAACUGUACGAUCCAUUAUAUAAUAUUGGAGUGAAACAUGUAAAUAAGCUUAUUGAACGGUGUCCAGAUCUUCCAUUAUCUACUAUGAUUUGUCCCACCGAUAUGCCAGAUUCAAAUUACAACGAAAGUAACAACAAGUCGUCAUUAUUUCAAAAAACUAUAUUACAACAAUCAUUGGAAGUACUAAAUCAUUAUCUUAUACAUAACGAUGUUGUAAAUGUUAUUCAGCGUUUUCCAAGUGUCUUACUUCGUGGAAGAUUGGAACUAGUUGAUAUCUGUGAAUUUUGUAUUAAUGAUAUGGGUUUAGAAUCAUAUGAUUAUGUAAAUGCAUCAUCUUCACCAACACAUAAACAUUCAUUACGUCAUUCAACUGGUCUAUGUAUAAGUAAAUGUCCGAUUUGGGAGUUAUCAUUAGAUCAUGUUCGUGCACGAUAUAUAUUUUUACGUUUAGUCGGUUACUGGCCAUUAGCAAGAAGGACACUUGAAAAAAAUAUUGAUGUUGAUAAACAAUUGGCAGAUUUACUGAAAUCAACUCCAGGACAAUUUACUCAAUGGUUAAAUAAUAAUCUGUUGAAUUGUUCUUCAUCUAAAUCGAAAACAAAUGAUAAAAAAGUUGAAAAAUACACUGUACCUAAUAAUAUUCUGUUCACUAAAUCAGAUAUACAGUUUUAUGAAGAAAUCUAUUCACAUUUAAUAACAAAUAGUGAUAGCAUUGAUGAUAGUGUUGAUGUUAAUGAUGAUAAUGAUGAUAAAAGUUUGGAGAUGUUAUCAAAUUGUGAUACGUCAGAACUAUAAUUGAUUGACUGCUCUCCAGUUCAGUUUAUUUAUUCGUGACAUAUAUAUACCACCCAGUUGUAUUGAUAUUUGGUACUGAUAUAAUGUGUGUGCAUAGGAAUAUCCCUUUCUCUGAAUAUUCAUCAUCUAUUUAUACGUUUAUUUUCUUCAUUUUUAAUAACUGUUUGAAACAAACUCUUUAUUGAAACCAGUACAAUCUUUUGAUCAAGGAGCCAUAUCACCACUAGACGUCGUGGAAGAUGUUCAUUAAAAGACACCCAUUUAUUCUAAAGCGCAUAUUUAGAUCAUGAUCUAAAUAUUAAACGCGCCUUUUCAUCUCUUUCGAGGUUUCUAACCCAAUAAGUAAUGGAGGCAUGUUCAUCGUAAACUUAAUGAUCGUAAAUAGUGUUAGGAAGUCAAAAUGAAUAUAAUGUAAAAGAUACUGAUGAUGUUGUCAUUGUGUCUAUUACUCUGGUAUUUGUCUGGAUAAUUUUAUCUCCCUGUACGGAUAUGAUGUAGCAACUUCAACUGAUGCACAUAUUUACUACGUUCAACAUUAUAUUUAUGACUGACUAAUUUAAUAUAAUGUCAAACGUAAAAAUGGACACUUAUUGUUGUUUUAUUGCCUACACUAAUAAUAAUCAAUCUACAAUCUUCAUUAAUCGAUCAAUAGACACUACUGUAAUUUCUAUCUUUUACAAACCUCUAGUCAUAACAUUAGCAAAUCAGGUCAGUGGUCACAAUUAUCUUAAUAUUGUUUCUCAUUUAAAACUCAAUGAAUUA